AUAUCAGGCUGAGGUUUUUACGUUAUUCUUUUUGAUGGCACAUUCGUGGAGCUGUUAUUAUGUCAUUUAUUCAAAAACAAGUAAGUUUUAAAAUCUAACUGAAUCAACGAGGGUGCUGAUAAGCCGCAUAAGCCGUAAAAAGUGCGGGCGUUUUCGGGUGAGUUCUGCGUUUUAAAAAAAAAUCAAGUAUUUGCCUGAAACACCCCCCCCCCCCCCCAUACACCCGAACAAUGCCAGAAAAAGAAAAGAAAAACAGACACUAAUGAUUCAAGAAACUAUAGAAAUUAAAAUAAACUUAUUAUAUGUGGUGGCGGAGUUCUUAAAAGAACUGUUUUUGAUAGUUUAUAAUAAUAUUUACUGGAUAAAUAACUUAAAUAUAAACUUUAUUAGCUCCUUUAUCUUCAAGGGCUUUCUUUCAACUAUCGUCCACAUGGUAUGUUACAAGGAAUUGCAUUUCGGGAAUGUUCCGGGCGAGUGCAGGCAGUUUUAGAGGACAAUCACCAUCAUCAUCAUCAUCAUCAUUCUUGGCUUAACGUCCAUUUACCAUGCUAGCAUGGGUUGGACGGGGGCUAACAAGUGGAUGUCAUCCUGUCAUUGCAAUUUUUCAUUACAAUCUAAACUCAUCCGACACGUGCGAAAGAAUAUCAGUAUGUAUCGACUGGCAUCGUGUGCAGCAGUGGCUGCUGCUGGUCCAAAGGUGUUAGGAUUGUCAUGGUAUACUGCAUUUGCUGGUAGCAUUGCAAUGUACCUGCUGACAGGUGGAUGGAAAUGGCUUAGGCUAGCUUAUAAAACAUUUGGCAGAGACUUUUAUUUUGGCAGAAUAAUAUUGGGAGUGGAGCUAGGGAUAAGAAAGAUUGUGAAAAAUAAACAGAUGUUGGGAGACGUGUUUGCAGAGAAAGCUUUACAACAUCCUGACAAAGUGGUGUUUAUAUCAGCUGAAACUGGUGAAACACUUACAUACAAGCAAGCUAAUGAUUUGGCAAAUAAAAUUGCGAACAUCUUUUAUGAAGCUGGUUACCGCAAAGGUGAUGUUGUAGCACUAAUUAUGGAGAAUCGUAUAGAGUAUAUUCCCAUUUGGUUGGGCUUGUCAAAACUUGGCGUCAUCACUUCUUUAAUUAAUUACAAUCUUCGCGGUGAGAGUUUAAAACAUUGCAUUACUGUUUGUGAUUGCAAGUCAAUUAUAUUCAGUGAUGAACUGCAAGGAGCUGUGGAAGAAAUAGCUCCUGAUCUGAAAGUUGAUUUUUAUUAUUUUGGAAAUGAAAGCUCAUCUAUCAAUAAUGUUACAUAUUUAAAAACAUUAAUCGAAAAAGCAUCAACUGUGCAACCACCAAAACCAGAGGAUUUAUCAUUGAGCGAUAAGAUGUUGUUGAUUUACACCUCAGGAACUACUGGUUUCCCAAAGGCUGCUGUUAUACGGGGAUCUAGAUAUUGUUUUAUGGCGAUGGGCGUAGGAAAAGGUAUAGGAGUAACUGCAGAUGAUAUUGCAUACAACUCACUGCCACUUUAUCACAGUAAUGGCGGAAUUGCUUUAUCAGGAGGUGUUUUUUUCUUUGGACACACAGUUGUUAUUCGUAAGAAGUUUUCAGCUAGCAGAUUUUUUGAAGAUUGUACAAAUUAUAAUGUUACAGUGAUCAAUUACAUUGGAGAAACUUGCAGAUAUCUGUUAGCACAACCAAAGGGACCCUUUGAUAAGGCCCACAAAGUUCGUGCAGCCACUGGGAAUGGUCUAAGGAAAAGUAUUUGGGAAGAAUUUCAAAAACGGUUUAAUAUUGGUUUAAUUGGAGAAUUUUAUGGAGCAACAGAAGGCAAUGCAAACAUGAUGAAUAGUGUUGGUCGAGUCGGUGCAGUUGGAUUUAAUUCUGUGUUGAUACCGUGGGUUUAUCCUAUCAAGAUUGUGAGAGUGGAUGAAGAAGGCAACAUUAUCAGAGGAGCUGAUGGAUUGGCUUCAGAGGCUCAGCCAGGUGAAGUCGGAGAAUUGGUUGGAAAAGUUCGAAAUGAUAAUAGCUUGCGACAAUUUGAUGGUUAUUUAAACAAGAGUGCCACACAAAAGAAAAUUGCAUAUGAUAUUUUUAAAAAAGGUGACUCAGCAUUUAUGACUGGCGACCGGUUGAUUCAAGAUGAAGAGGGCUUUUACUAUUUCCAAGACAGGACUGGAGAUACAUUUAGAUGGAAAGGUGAAAAUGUCUCCACCAACGAAGUUGAGAAUGUGAUCAACAAAGCUGUCGAUAAUGAAAUCUGUGUGUAUGGAGUAGAAGUACCCGGUGUGGAAGGUAAAGCAGGAAUGGCAUGUAUUGUUGAUGCUGAAAAAAAGGUUGAUUUAUCACAUCUACCUGAAGUUUUGGGUAAAUCACUUCCGCCAUAUGCAAGACCGGUGUUCGUCCGUUUAGCUAGCGAAAUCCCGAAAACAUCGACUUUUAAGUUCAAGAAAAAUAUCCUUCGAGAUGAAGGAUAUAAUCCUGCAAGUUGCGCAGCCGGCGACCUUUUGUUUUACUUUGAUGGUAAAGAAAAGAAGUUUCUCUCCAUCGAUGCUGACGUGUACGCGAAAAUACAAGAUCAAAAAAUACGACUCUAAUGAACUGUGAGUCGAAUACGUUUAAUUAAUUACACUAUCCGAGAAUGUGAUUGGUGACUUUUUAUAGAUAUUUGAUUGGUUAAAACAUAGGCAAGUAAACAGUGAAUUCGGUCUCGUAAUUUUGGCGGCUAACGUAAUCCUUUAUUUUUAUUUUCAUGUUUAGCGAAGGCUUCUGGUCUAGUACUGGAAGACUUUAGUUGUAAAUGUUAUCCUGUGAUUACAAAGCUAACUGAGAUUUAUUUGAAGAUGUGUAACCGUGGGACUAUUUAAUUACUUUCGCCCAUGAAUCCUUGCAAAACCAGAACAAAGGUGUCGUGAAAUUUCGAGGACAGUAGACGAGUUUUUAAAUUUAUGAAAUUGCGAAUUCUUUACGACAUUUUUGCGAUUGUACAGUUGUUAGGUGUAGGUGAUGUUCUGGACUGAUCAUACUUUCGGUAAUUUUUUUGCUCCGGAGCGAUCAUACUUCCGGUAAUUUUUUUUUUCUUUGAAGUGAUCAUACUUCCGGUAAUUUUUUUUGCUCCGGAGUGAUCAUACAUCCAUAAAUUUCUUUUGCUUCCGUCAAUAAUUUUGCAUUUUCUUAUUUCAGUAGACUCAAAAUCAUCUUUUUAGUUUCAUCAGUUAGACCUUAUUAAAUAAUUUUGCGUAUUUUUAAUUUGCGAGUCAUCCUAGUGAUUUUUUUACUUGAAUGUGAAGGUUGCUAUAUGCAAUGAUCAGUUAAACAAAUAUGUACAUUUAGUGGGUCUCUACAAAGAACCUUUUCUUUAACUCUUUUUUAUUCCGCAAAUAGUUAUUUUUGGAAAAUUGCGAUUGACUGGUUAAAAUUUAGGUUUAGGUAUACAGCCUUUUUAAUUCACGCACAAAGCAGACAUGCAAACAACGGCAAUUUUUGCCAACGCAAACAAUUGGACUAAGAAAACCCUCGAAGACUUUUUUUAAAAACUACUUUUCUAACUUGUAAGAGUUAUAAAAAAUGUCGACUUGUAUAUUGUAUAUUUAGGAUUUUUCAUUUUUAUAUGCAAUUCUAUGUUUUUGUACCUGCUAUAUUAUGUACGAUACUUAUUUCUGCAAAUCCGCAGUCUGACGGUUCUUUUACAUCUGGAUUGGAGAAACAGCUGAGAAUCAGCUGAGGACUGUAUGUUUCUGUUUUUGUUCGUGUGUUUAGAUCAUGUUAUUUACAGUAUGACGAUGUAAGACAUGAAAAAAGUUAGCAGAA